AUGAUUACCUUCAUGGAACCCAAAGAAAAACUUACCGAACCCGAUAAAUGCUUGGACCCUCAGCUAUGGCACGCCUGUGCCGGCAGCAUGGUCCAAAUGCCUCCGGUUAACUCCAAGGUCCUCUACUUCCCCCAGGGCCACGUGGAGCAUGCCUCUGAAAACGUAGACCUCCGGAACCUGCCGCGGGCCCCACCUUACGUCCCUUGCUGGGUGUCAGCUGUCCGGUUCUUGGCCGACCCAGAGACCGAUGAGGUCUUCGCGAAAAUCCGACUGUCUCCAGUCUCCAGUCAUGAGGCUGACCUUGAUGACAGCGACUGUGGGACUGCUGGGCUUACCGGGCCCGCCGAAAAUCAAGAAAAGCCCGCGUCUUUUGCCAAGACUUUGACCCAAUCGGAUGCGAACAAUGGUGGGGGGUUCUCGGUGCCCAGACGGGCCAAGAGGGGGAUUGGGCCCGGCGGUGGGCCUGAGGUGCAUUCGGGCUGGAACUAUGGUGGGGGGUUCUCGUCGUUGUUCUUGAGAGAGGACGAGGGUAAAAUGGGGAGGAACGAGAACGGUAAUGGAAAUGGUGGUGGUUUGAUCGGGAGCAGAGGGAGGGUGAGGGGCGAGGACGUAAUUGAGGCGGUGGAUCGUGCGGCGAGCGGUCGGGAGUUUGACGUAGUUUAUUAUCCGCGGGCGAGCACACCGGAGUUCUGUGUACGUGCGAGUUUGGUGAGGGCGGCCUUGCAGGUGAGGUGGUGCUCGGGGAUGAGGUUCAAGAUGGCGUUCGAGACGGAGGACUCUUCGCGCAUAAGCUGGUUCAUGGGGACAGUGUCGGCUGUACAGGUGGCAGACCCCAUCCGGUGGCCAGACUCGCCUUGGAGGCUUCUUCAGGUGGCAUGGGACGAGCCCGAUCUGCUUCAGAACGUGAAACGGGUCAGCCCGUGGCUUGUCGAAAUAGUAUCCAACAUGCCCGCCAUCCAUCUUUCCCCAUUUUCACAACCCCGUAAAAAACUUCGACUCCCGGGCCAUCCUGAAUACCCUCUCGACACCCAAUUCCUUCUGCCACCGUUUUCCGGUGGGCCCUUUGGCGGCGGCAACUGCCUUCUGAACAGCAACAACACUCCUCCUGCUGGCAUGCAGGGAGCCAGGCAUGCUCAAUACGGCUUAUCAUCCCUAUCAGACCAUAAUAAUAAUAAUAAUAAUCCCCGCUACCCCAAAAACAUAAUCCAUUCGAGUUUUUUGCCCUUUGGUUAUCCUCCCUUUGACCGGGCUCCACCGGCUGGCCCGAUCACUCCCGGGCCCUGCAGCGGCGGAAAUGUUUCGUGCCAGCUGACUAUGGGCCAGUCUCCAGAAACGGGAAAAUCCAGCGACGGUAAGCAAGCCCCAUUUCUACUUUUCGGGCAGAAGAUAGUUAUGGAGAAUAGGGUAAGCAGCUACUCGAGCGACACGGUAAAUUCUUCGUCUGACGGUAAUGGGGAUAAGAACGGAAAUACAUCCGAUGGAUCUGGGCCGGCCCGAAUCCCAAGUUGGGGGCCCACUUGUGAAGGAAUUCAGUCAGAGGAGCCCGGUCAGUGCAAGGUUUUCAUGGAAUCUGAGGAUGUUGGACGAACUCUGGAUCUUUCUUUGAUCGCUACUUAUGAGGAACUGUACCAAAAGUUAGCGGAUUUGUUCGGCGUCGAGGUUUCGGAUAUUGAGAACCAUGUUCUGUAUCGGGAGGCAUCAGGCUGCGUUAAGCGAGUUGGCCAUGUACCCUAUAGUGAUUUCGUGAAGGCCGCGAGAAGGUUGACGAUAUUAACCGAUUCGAGCAGUGAGAAUGUAGAGUCUUGA